AUGGCUAUUGAUAUACCUCCUGGUAAAACAUCAACCACACGAGUAAAUCAAAACGGUGUACUGCGUAUUCCAAAGGAGUCGGCCCAGUCUCUUCACCUGUAUCAACUUCGUCACAAGGUUGCCUGCCUCCAAUUCCUUUGCAAAAACCUACCUGAUAUUCCUGCACCAAGAGUUCUUCACGGGGAUGAUCAACCUGGGCAUUCUUUUAUUGCACAGGAAUUUAUUGAUGAAGAGCGCCUAAGCAUUGCCUUGCCACGGCUAUCUGAAGAUCAAAAGGCAACAAUUACUUGGAGCAUUGCCUGCAUUAUUGCCAAGCUCGGAAAAUGCGAUUUGAUUUUAUUGGAGGUCUUGACCCAGAUUCUCACACUGAGACCGACGAUUGAGGCUGGCAAAAUAUUUAAUGGUAGGGGUCGAGUCACUGUUGCCCAAUUUAUUGAGUCCCUGAAACUUGAGAAAGAGAAUAUUUCAAACAAUGUUCAACUCUUCCAAACUCUUGAUGCUGAGCCCUGGGUCCUAGUACAUGAGGAUUUCCAUGCUGGCAACAUGCUUGUUCGUGAUGGUUGUCUAGUGGGGAUUGUGGACUGGGAGUUCUCUGGUGUCUAUCUGUCUAUCCUCUUAGCGAGCUUCUAG